AUGGCGCUACCAGUCUUAGUAAAAGACGCAUGUCAUAUGUUCUCCAACUACAUUAAGAAAGUAGCCAUUGUUGGAGCAGGAGGUCACAUGGGAAACGCCAUUGCACAGGAACUUCUCAAGACCGGAAAGCACACUAUUACCGCCAUUACUCGUGCUGGCAAGAACAGUGUGUUUCAUAAUGGCAUUGUCAAAGCCUCAGUUGACUACAAUGACCAAGACUCCCUCAUAUCAGCGCUUAGAGGGCAAGAGUUCUUGAUUAUCACACUUUCUCUGAGCACUACACCGGACACGCACACGAAACUGCUCAAUGCCGCUGCCAAAGCAGGCGUGUCUUACGUGAUGCCUAAUGCUUACAGCAUCUAUGCUCAUAAUGAAGCGAUUCAAAGGGAUAUACCGAUCACGAAUCAAGUCCUGCAAAACAUCGCCGAAGUACAGAAAGCCGGACUGAUUUCGAUUACGCUCAUGAACGGAUUCUGGUAUGAAUGGAGUCUGACCGCCGGUCCCAUCGCCUUCGGCUUCGAUUUGAAAAACCGUGUCGUCACCCUAUACGAUGAUGGAAGAAAAGCCAUCAACAUCUCCACAUGGGUGCAGGCAGUGUGGCCGCGCAGUGGCCUCUUUGCUUAG